GCGUUACGCUCGCACCGGACGUUGUUGGUGUAGUUCGCUCACUGCAGCUAUGUCCUGAAUAGAACCCAAUGAAUGGAUGUUUAGUCACUGUGAGCCACAUUUGUUCACCUCUGGUCAAGAUGACAUGAAGCUUUAGGUUUAUCGCUCCCGUUCCCUCAGCUGUUACCAUGGCAGCGAGGAUGAAGCUGAAGCUGAAGACUGUGUUUGUGCUCUACUUCAUGGUGUCCCUGAUGGGUCUGAUCUAUGCACUGAUGCAGCUCGGCCAGCACUGCGACUGCUCAGAGCAUGACUUGCCAAAAGAUCGUGCCAUAUCCAGGCUGCAGGAGGAGCUCUACCGCCUCCAGGGCCAGAUAAGGCAGUUGGAGAAGCUGAAGCAACCGGAGAAGCAACCUCCCAAGUCCUCCCUGCCCACUAUCUUUGUCAUCACUCCCACAUACGCCAGGCUGGUGCAGAAGGCUGAGCUGACCCGUCUGUCCCAGACUUUCCUCCACAUCCCUCGGCUGCAUUGGAUUGUGGUGGAGGACUCGCAGCACAAGACGGCACUUGUUACCAACUUCCUGAUGAAGAGCGGCCUGACCUACACCCACUUGCACAUACCCACUGCAAAGGAGCGCAAACUUCAGGAGGGUGAUCCCAGCUGGCUGAAACCCCGCGGCGUUGAGCAAAGAAACGAAGGGCUGCGGUGGCUCAGAGAAGACCGAAAGACUCAGGCAGGGGCGGAUGAUCAGCAGGGUGUGGUUUACUUCGCAGACGAUGAUAACACGUAUAGCCUACAGCUGUUUGAAGAGAUGAGGAACACUCAGCGCGUUUCUGUGUGGCCAGUAGGUUUGGUUGGUGGGAUGAAAUUUGAGAGCCCUGUGGUUGAAGGAGGGAAGGUGGUUCGCUUCCAUACUGGCUGGCGGCCCAGUCGGCCCUUCCCAAUGGACAUGGCUGGCUUUGCUGUGUCCCUUAAACUGGUCCUGGCCAAUCCAGAUGCUUGCUUUGACGGAGAAGCACCCAUGGGUUUCCUGGAAAGCAGCCUCCUCAAAGGUCUAGUCACAAUGGAUGAGCUGGAGCCCAAAGCAGACAACUGCACAAAAGUGCUGGUUUGGCACACCCGGACAGAGAAACCGAAGAUGAAGAGGGAGGAGGCGCUGCAGGUGCAGGGACUGGGCUCAGAUCCCGCUGUGGAAGUCUGAGCAUCUAAACACAAACAGAAGCAUUAAAAGGAAUCCCCUUAUAAAAAAACUCCCAUGUUUACAUCACCGUGACUGUCUGGUUUUGGUUCAGCUACUAAACGAGUGUGACACCUUAAUGUUUCAGUGUUUAUAGCAUCAUCGUUACUGCAGGUUUGAUUUCAGGACUUAGACAUUGCAGUUUAAGCAGUUGCCUGAAGAGGGCGCUUAAUGUAAACAGUUUAAAACCUCAUUUGCACCAAGAAACAAAAGUGGCACAAUUUUAAACACAAUUAAGUUAUCAGAUAGAUACUAAUCUAUGUUUUAUUUUAAAAUUUAAAUAAAAAAAAUUGAAAAUAAUUUCAAUUCAAAUAUGCAUCAAGAAUGAGUGUUUUUGAAGACCUAAAUUAAUAAUUCAUUAUAAUUCUACACUGAUGAUACACUGCAACACAGGGGUGUGUACGCUGUUUGGUUUUAUCCUUAGGAUGGUGGCAAUUCUUGCUCCGGCUGUCUUGCAUGCUCUAUUUGAAUAUACAAACGAGAGCCUUUUCCUGUCACCUCUGUUUAGAAUAAACCCAUAGUUGUACCUGACACGAUGGAUAUAUUUAGAUUAUUUGUGGUUUGCCAUUAACCUCUCCUCCCUCUAUCUUUUUUAUUUUAAAGAUUCAUGAACGUAUAUUAAUGCACGGCUUUCGUUUUGCAUGUGUAAUGUGUGAAACCGCAGUCUAGAUGCUUUCUAAAGCAUCUAAUGGUGGACAUUUUUGGUUAUAUUCAAACUCUUCUGAGCCAAGGUAGCGCAUUUGUAACAUUUUACCAGCAAUAAGAGCUACAGCAAACUCGCUAGCUAUUUUUUUUAGCAAUACAGUAAACAAAUCCAAUCUUGUCUCCAUUCGGAUGCAACAUUGUAGCGUGACUCAACUCUAGGAUCGAACGGAUUGACGUGAAGCAGCUUUAGAGCUUACAUGUUGCACCACUUAGACCAUAGAAACUCCUGACUGAUGAGGGGAAAACUGCUGAUGCUCAUAAACAAGUUUAUUCAACCCGCAAUAAGCAAAUGAAAAAGGCACAAUGUGUUGCUUUUUCCAUCUGGAAAACACCUGAAUUUGGCUGUAACAGGCAGCACUCUGUUGGUUCCUGUAUAUAAACAGUAGUUUUAGCUGUAGAGCCAUCAUCUUCAUCAGUUAGGUUGAAGAUCGAUACACUAUCACUGUAAAAACAGCCUGUGCCUGCUACAGAAAAAAAUAGUGCCUGUGAGGAAGUUUAUGUACUGGUGUUUGUGUAUUUAUUAUUGUGAUACGUUUUACUCGCUGUACGGUGUGAUAAUGUCUGACUCAGGCAUUGUAAAUAAACAUCAUGUAAACAUG